AUGUCGUCAGGUCCUCCACUUUGCGGCUCCCCAGCAGCGGGCGAGAGUCCGAAAGAACUCGACCGCGAGAGCUCUGGCGGUUCAAGCAGCGAAGCAGAGCACGAGAACGCGCCGGUGACGUACCUUCGCCUGGGAGUCGAGCUCGAGAUUCACCCGACAGACGAAGCGCUGAACUUCCAGACUUCUCGAAUCCACAAGAUCGAGAACCUCGACAGGUGCCCCCACCUCAAGACUCUGGCCCUGAAUGCCAACGACAUUGAAAAAAUCGAAAACCUCCAAGUCGUGCCCGAGCUGCAGGAGCUCGAGCUUUACCAGAACCGCGUCAGGAAAAUCGAGAAUUUGUCGAUGCUGAAGGGCCUCACUCUUUUGGAUCUCUCCUUCAACAAGAUUCGAAAAGUCGAGAACCUUGACAGGCUCGUGAACCUAGUCAAGCUGUACCUCUCGAGCAAUCGAAUUGAAGUUAUUGAGGGCCUGGAGACUCUGACGAAGCUCGAGCUGCUCGAGCUGGGGAGCAACCGCAUCAGGAAAAUUGCCGGCAUCGCGGCGCUCAAGGACCUUAAGGAGCUUUGGCUAGGGAAGAAUAAAAUCACCGAAAUGAAGUUGCCGUCGCUGCUAAAGCUGCAGAGACUUAGCAUCCAGUCGAAUCGCCUGACUGCCUGGGACGCUUCGCUCUUCGCCAACUGCCCGAACUUGGAAGAACUCUAUCUCUCUCACAACCGUCUCUCAGGCGCCGUCCCUGAAGCCAUUGGUCAGCUUAAAAAACUGAAAAUUCUUGACCUGGCGGCGAACGCUGUGGACGAUAUUCGCGCACUUGCGCAGCUCGAGGGACUGGAAGAACUUUGGAUGAACGACAACGCCAUCGCGAGCCUGGAAGCAGUCAAAGACCUCAAGCCAGUUGCGGCUCUGCGCACGCUGUACCUCGAGGGCAAUCCGCUGCAUGCGAACCUCGGGCCCAGCUACAGACAGAACGUCGUCCAGAUCUUGCCUCAGCUGCAGCAGCUGGACGCCUUGCUGCUGAAUGAGGUUGUCAACGUCAUCCAGCGACCCCUCUCAGGAAAAGUUGGAGUGCGGAAGCCCAAGUCCAUUAUGAAGCAUGACGAGUAG